AUACAAGAAAACAUCACAGAGAUUGCGGUCUUUGGUAAAGCAAUUAGAGAGAGGAGAAGCUUCAGUUGUAGACCUUAAGAAGAAUUUGGAAUAUGCUGCGACUGUUCUUGAGUCAGUAUACAUUGAUGAAACUAGGCGUUUACUGGACACAGAAGAUGAACUGAGUGAUAUUCGAUCUGACUCUGUGCCCUCAGAGGUCCGUGACUGGUUGGCUGCUACCUUCACACGGCAAAUGGGGAUGAUGCUCAAAAGGACAGAGGAAAAACCCCGCUUCAGGAGUAUUGUCCAUGCAGUGCAAGCUGGGAUAUUUGUAGAAAGAAUGUACAGACGGACUUCAAAUAUGGUUGGCUUGAGCUACCCACCAGCUGUAAUUGGAGUGCUAAAGAAUGUUGACAAGUGGUCCUUUGAUGUAUUCGCACUAAACGAUGCCAGUGGUGAUCAUGCACUGAAAUUCAUUUUCUAUGAACUUCUCACGCGCUAUGAUCUGAUCAACCGUUUCAAGAUUCCCAUUUCUGCCCUGGUGUCCUUUGUGGAAGCUCUGGAGGUUGGCUACAGCAAACACAAAAAUCCUUAUCACAACCUAAUGCACGCUGCAGAUGUGACACAGACAGUCCAUUACCUCCUUUUCAAGACAGGCAUAGCGCACUGGCUGACGGAGCUGGAGAUCUUCGCUAUGAUCUUCGCAGCUGCCAUACAUGACUAUGAACACACUGGAACCACCAACAACUUUCACAUCCAGACACGGUCAGACUCAGCCAUUCUGUAUAAUGACCGGUCUGUGCUUGAAAAUCACCAUGUUAGUGCGGCGUAUCGUCUUUUGCAAGAUGAUGAAGAGAUGAAUAUUUUAUCUAAUCUCUCAAAGGAUGAUUGGAGAGAAUUCAGAGCUCUAGUGAUUGAGAUGGUGUUGGCCACUGAUAUGUCCUGUCACUUCCAGCAAAUCAAAGCUAUGAAGAAUGCUUUGCAGCAGCCAGAAGGAAUUGACAAGCCGAAAGCCUUAUCCCUGUUGUUACAUACGGCAGAUAUCAGUCAUCCGGCCAAGGCUUGGGAUCUCCACCAUCGCUGGACAACGUCUCUGCUAGAGGAGUUCUUCAGACAGGGUGACAAAGAAGCAGAACUAGGGCUGCCCUUCUCUCCCCUGUGUGAUCGCAAAUCUACUAUGGUUGCUCAGUCUCAAAUAGGUUUCAUUGAUUUCAUUGUGGAACCCACUUUUACUGUGCUGACCGACAUGACAGAGAAGAUUGUGACUCCACUCAUCAAUGAAGCUUCCCACUCUGACAUGUCUGGAUUCAGGCGAUCCAGCCUAAAUAACAUUAGUCCCUCCGAAGUUAAAAGAUCAAGUGUCAAGAGCACUGGGUCCGAAGGAAGUGCCUCUCUUAACUGCUCCAUACUCACUGUGGACUUCAAAUGUUUUAAAGCCACCUGGACUGAGGUGGUGCAGCAGAACAGGGAGAAAUGGAAAGCACAAGCCACCAAAGAAGAAAAAGCUAAGAAAGAAGCAGAGGAAAAUGCCUAUCAGGAAACAGAUGAAAAGGAAAGAGAUGAAAAGGAUAAGAAGCCAGCUGAAGAUGCCACAGCAACAAAUACAGAGAACAGCAAAGAAUCAGAUCCUGGGGAAAGCAAAAACACAGAUUCCAGUAAAAAUUCUGUAAAUGAGACUCAGCAAAGGGGCAUGAACAAACACAAAGCCUCUCAAGGGAAAAACACACCUAGGACAGAUAAGGGAAUGGACUCUCAUCUCACAGUGGGAGAAGAGAAACCUCAUGUCCAAAAUGGUGAAAUAAAGGAAGACAAUAAGUUGGACAAAAGAGAUAAGUUCAGUGUGGGAGACGAAUCAAAGAAAACAGAUGGUCCAGUGCAAUGUUCAGCUGACUCAUCAGGCUUGAGUUCCUCGGCAAACCACCUUACAUUGCCAGCCAUCAAACCUCAGCUGCAUCACCUCAGGAGGCCCACUCCCAGCUCAGGAGACUAUUUCCCUGCCUUCGACAAGAAAUCGGAGGAACAUCAAGUGAGAUGUAAAGUGCUUGAUGAGAGGGAAAGGAUGAAGAAGAUUCAACAUAUUUCCCAGAGCUGGAACAGGAAAUAGCAGAAGAGUUAAAGAGGCAUCUUUUGGAAUGAUGCUCCUCCCAGGCCGAUGGAGGAUAUUGUGCAACCAUUGCACAGGCCAUACUACAUUGUACAGCAGCUGCAGUUUUGAAUAAAAGCAAGUGUAUGAUUUAACUAAACACUGUAAUGGACAUUUUGUUAGAAAUGUUCUCAGUAGCCUUAUUAUUGCAGCAUAUGCCCACUUAGUACUAAAAUACUGGACUGUUACUUUAAAAGAAGUCACUGUCUAUGACUUGCAUCCUGUCAAAUUAAGCCAAUACUUUCCUAGAUUGUUGGGCUCCUUAUGGUGUUCUCAAUGCAAUUUUCUGCCUACCACAGGUAAAACAAUAACUCCUAUUUCAGACAGCAAGGGAAAGUUUUUUGUUGUCUAGCAGUACUGGGAAGUACAGUCCUCCUGUCAUAAUGUGACCUAUCAGGAGGAUGCAGGUGGAAGGCUGGGGUAUAAAGAGUCCUCUCGCUUCGCUCAUUGGAAAAAGAACACAUAGCACAGCAUUAAAAUUGCUCAAACUCUUUUGAAUUUUAAAUAAUAGUGAUUGUUUUCUAUGGCAUUAAUUUAGUCGAGUUUGAUCUCAUGUGUUCUUUUGAUGCAUUAUGUCCCAUGGGUCUGAGUUGCACAAUUGAAUGUGGCCCUUCUGAAAAAGUUUAUCUUGCCCUCAGAUUUUGCACUUUGAGAAAUAGUGGCAAAUAGCUCUCUGCCCUCUUCCUGGAAGCCCCUGGUGGUUUACUUACUGCCUCAGUUGACCAUUUCCAGUCCUGUUUUUACUCUCCUCAGAGGCAAACCUGUUCUACUUUAUAUCUUCCUCGCUGCUCUUCACUAUAUCUUUCUUUGUUGUAACCCGAGGAGAGAAUGAGCACUGCACGCUGCUCAAGUGUCAGGUACACCAGAAAUCUAUAAAAUAGUGUAAUGACACUUUCUGUUUCAUCUUCCAAGCCUUUCUGAAUAGGUGUUUAAGUUGUACUUUCAUUUUUGAACCUCCUUGAGGACUGAGCAGUAGUUUCUCUAGAAUUACCUAUAAUAAAUACUAAUUAAUUUAUAGCUGAAACACGUACAGAGUUGGGGUUUCCUCUCUCUAUAUGCCUCAUUCUGCACUUACAACAUCGAAUUGGUGGUUUUGUCAUUUACACUCAAGUAAGCUGCUGCUUCUUAUUUUUCUAUUUCAUCUCCACUUUGCAUUAAUUUCUGUUCCUCUCUUGCUUUCUUCUUCCACCAACACCUUUUCCAAAUCACAUCUUCUGGAUAAGCACAUUGAAUAGCAGAAACAACAAUCCUCCUUUACUAUGAAUCCUGAUAAUUUCCUAACAAUUUUUAAUUUAUUUCUGCAUUUUUAUUUUCCCCCCGUUGUUAACUAGUUGUUUACCCAUCUUAAGAUCAUAUGUUGCAAACUUUUUUCUAUCCAUGAUAGCUCAGUAGCUUUGACAGUCUUUGGGUCAAGCCCUUUUUAAAAUGGAGAAUAGCAAACCAUCAUUGGCUCUUUCAAGGAGUGUUGAGGUUUGUGAAGCAACAUUUCUUGUACAAAAACUUGGCUGAACACUCUGUCAUAAAUAUUCCUAUUAUGAGUAUCCCCACUACCUACCAAUUCUAUUACUUAUAUUUGUAAAA